AUGAAGUGGUGCGGAGUGGUUCUGUUAGUGCUUUCUGUCUGCGCUUCGGUCUGGGGCAUCAAAUGGGGCGGCAUCAAGAUAGGCAAGAUCGGCGGCCGGGGAGGCGGUAAGAAGACCCCCUCCCAGCCCAAGUACCCGCGCCAGCCAUCGCCUCCCAGCUUCGACUCCAGGCCUCCCUCCUACAAUCCAGGCUGGAACCACGAUUCCAGACCGCCUCCAUAUAAUCCCAGCUACAACCAGCCUCCUGCUCCAGGAUGGAAUACGCAGAACAAUCAGCACCCUCCUGCCCCCGGCUGGAAGCAACCUCCACCUGCGUACAACCCCGGACCACCACCUCCGUACUCCAAGAAUCCUUCACCUUACCCUCAGAGUGGCGGACAUGGUAACCCUCCUCCCUACUCUCAAUACCCACAGUCCGGACAUUACCCUCAAUCAGGAUCUUAUCCAGGAAAUUCCGGUUAUCCAUAUGGGUCUUACCCUGGUAAUGCUGGAUACCCACACGGAUCUUACCCUGGAUAUGGAGGCUAUUCACAAGGAUCUUUUCAACAGUUUCCUCAGUACCCUCAGUCCUACGGCGGUGGCGGCUACGACUAUAAACAGAAGAAGAAAGGAUGGAACAUGCCCGGGAUUAUACCUCUACCUAUUCCGAUACCUAUAGGAGGCGGUGGGUUAGGGUUCGGCAGCUUCGGCGGCGGAUUCUACAGGCCUAAAGGGAAUUCGGUGGACUCAGAAAAAGACGAUAAGGAGAGACCGAGAAUCAUCGUACCUCCGGAUCUUGAGUUGGAUGGAGUCACGGAACUACCUGCUGAUUCUCCAAUUGCUCAAUGGGACGUCGUCGGGAAAGAGAAGGCGUUAAGUGAAACUAAAAAGAGAGGUGAAGACUACAGUGGAGAAUUCAAUGACAAAUAA